AUGUCGUCGCAUCCGUCUCUGAAGGCGACCUUCGCCAGCCGAGCUGAGACAGUCUCUCAUCCUCUAAGCCGACAUCUCUACAAGCUUAUGGACCUCAAGGCCUCCAACCUUUGCCUUAGCGCCGACGUCGCAACCGCUCGUGAACUUCUCUACUUCGCCGACAAGAUCGGUCCCUCUAUCGUUGUCCUCAAGACUCAUUACGAUAUGGUGUCUGGCUGGGACUUCGACCCCCGAACAGGAACAGGUGCCAAGCUCGCCUCACUAGCCCGCAAGCACGGUUUCCUCAUCUUUGAGGAUCGCAAGUUCGGUGACAUUGGCAACACGGUCGAGCUGCAGUAUACUAGCGGUGCUGCGCGUAUCAUCGAGUGGGCACACAUUGUCAAUGUGAACAUGGUUCCCGGAAAGGCUUCUGUUACAUCUCUGGCCAAUGCUGCCAACCGAUGGCUCGAGCGAUACCACUAUGAGGUCAAAACAUCUAUCAGCAUUGGAACCCCUACGGCCAGCCAGCUGGAUGAGGACAGUGAACGCUCAGAUAGCGAGAACCAGAAGAGUGCACCGGAGACUGGUCGCGAUAACGGACGUAAAGGUAGUAUCGUCUCGACCACCACCGUCACUCAACAGUAUGAGUCGGCUGAUUCACCACGCCUCGUCAAGACGAUCCCCGAGGGUGAUGAGACAGUAUUCGCUGGUAUCGAUGAGGCGCCCAUCGAGAGGGGCCUUCUCAUCUUAGCACAAAUGUCAAGCCAGGGCAACUUCAUGAACAAGGAAUACACACAAGCAUGUGUAGAGGCCGCACGGGAACACAAGAGCUUUGUUAUGGGUUUUGUCUCACAGGAAUGUCUCAACACACAACCUGACGACGAUUUCAUCCACAUGACUCCCGGCUGCCAAUUGCCCCCUGAGGGCGCUGAUGAGAACGAGGCUAUCAAGGGAGAUGGCAAGGGCCAGCAAUACAACACACCACAAAAGAUCAUUGGCAUUGCUGGUGCUGAUAUCGCUAUCGUUGGACGUGGAAUUAUCAAGGCUAGCGACCCUGAGGAGGAGGCUGAGCGAUACCGAUCUGCCGCAUGGAAGGCUUACACAGAACGUGUCCGUUAA